CAUCGUACUCCGUGCAAAGCUUCCCGUCCAAGUUAGCUGCGUGAUCUCCCUCGCCUUCCCUAAGCCAUUGUUGCGCGCUCUUUCACCCUUUAUCUCGAUUUCCAAUGCUGCCGCUGCCUCAGACGUGCACCUUCACCGUCUCCGCCACCGCCAUUACCCCACGCUUGUCUUAGACUGGCCAUCCAUUUCUCGAGCCCCUUUCCCCUCAUUUGAAGCUACUCAGAGCAUCGGUUGCCUUCUCCGAUGGCAAAUAAGCGGAAACGGCAGCGGAAGCGCCUCCGCCGCGUCCCGGCGGCCCUCAGGAGGGUAUACGGCGACCUCGUGCAAACCCUGGAAGCGGCGAUCCUUUCCUUGUUGCCCCCUCCGCCGUCCUCUCCUACCGAGUGCCGCUGCCGCGGACGCCUCUGCCUCGGCUGCGGGACGCCCGCUUAUCUUCUCCGCCAAGACGAUCCUCCGGACUACCGGAUCCUACUGACCCGCGGCUUGUGCGUCCUCUCCUGCGACGCACCGCCUCCACCCAGGGUGUUUCACGGUGACGACGCUCCUCAGCGCGUGCUUGUUAGGAAUGCAAGGGAAUUGAUACUAGAUAACAUGCUUGAAACCAUGAACGUGUUAUGCAAUGGUCACGAUAAGGAAAGUCAUUUCAACAUUGCUGGUGAAUUUCUUUGUACUUCUACUUGGGAUCUUCUGUUGCACAGAAUAGGCUUUCAACUCAUGGUGUUUCUUCUACGUUUCUCAUCAAUUUUUAUUCCUGUUAGAAACAAGAGUUACUAUCAGGUCACAGGGCAUCCAAUGGAUAAAAUAUUUGAAGGAUCUAAAUUCUUGAAAACCACAUCAACAUCAUCAAAUCAGCAGCCAUUCUUCGCGGAGGCCAUGCAGAAUAUGGGUUGCUCAAGGAGCUUAAAGAGAAAGCAACGUGACAUGUCAGGGAGAUCAAAUAUGGGUGCUGCUGCUGUUUCUGUUUGCUCUAAAUCUAAAUAUCUUGGUGACAAGAGAGACAAUGGAAGCAAAGUGAGUUGUGGGAAAUUUGAAAGAGUUGGGGGCAGAACUGAAGUUGUACAAUUUGAUGGAGGGGAACCCAACAUCAAAAUUCUAUGGGAUCAUGAUAGUUCUCAGAACACAUUAUCAAAAUGUGGUGGACCAAUAUUGCAUGAUUCUGUUUUCCAGUCAUACUUUGACAAGUUGCAUUUGGAGAAGCUGAAAUCUCCCCGCACAAAAUGUCAUAAUAAUGAAAAAGAGUCCAUUUGUACUGACAUGCCUGGACUUUGUUUAAGUAGGAAGUACAGAAAGCAUGGAAGACUGUACAGCUGGCAACGUCGAAGAAAAUAUAAGGGACCUGAAGAAAAUAUACCUGGAAAAAAUAAUAAAAUAAGAUUGCAGAUGAAAUUUCUGGAUUCUGAUUGCAGUUUGUGUCAUUGGCCUUCAGAACCAUCAGUGCCUGCAUCUACUGAAGAGGAUAUCAUGAAGGAUUUUGAACUAACUGCAUCAAAAGAUACUGAAGCAAGCAGGGAGAAAUGUUCUCAUCUGAUGCUUUCUCAAGACAUGUGUCAAGGACAAAUAACAUUCUCAACAAAGAAAACUCAUCAUAGGCCUAGAUCUGAAACCAAUGAUGCAUCUGAAGGGCAACAUCAUGCUAGUCUGAAGAACUUAUCAAUUCAACCUCUAGAUUUUGCAGUGUCAUCACUGUACAACAAUCGUUUUACUCCAAAUGAACUCUUCCCAGAAGAGUCUGAUUGCUCUGCUUCAAAGAACCAGCUAAAUCUUCAUAGCCACUUUGAGAAGGUUGGUUCCAUGUGUUUUUAUUGCUUGAUUAUGCAAUCUUCACAAAAGGUUGAAAUCAGGGAUCAAAUUGACAGAAGCUUCAUCUUCUAUAAUAGAUCGUCAGCAUAUACAGUUUUCCCAAAAAAUCGCAUACUUAACAUAUUAAAGCCAAACAACUGCAGUGCAAUUCGUCUUAUGAAGCAUAUAUUUGGAUUUCCCGAUAGAAGCAAAAACUUCAUGACAUGUACUGAUUGUAGUAUUGGUUGUGCCAUUGAGUCCCAGUGUUUGUAUCAUUUUUUAUUAGGUUUGCUCAAGUCUCUUAUACGGAAUGCUCAGCGUUGUCAGUGUAAGAAGUUGCUGUUUAAACAUUGCAUUCAGACUUCCAAAUUACAUAGCAUGGAUGAAAACAGAUCAAAGUCUGAGGUGGUUGUACAAAAUUCUUCAAUGAGGAUGAAAAAUGAAGGUCAGCCCAGUGCCCAAGGAGCAUUGAGUGUAUUUAACAGUGCCACUGCAUGUACUGAGGCUAUUUGUUUUCUUACCAUGGUCCCAAGGCUGGCACACAAAGUUCUUUAAUGAACAUACCAAAUGAAAAUGCUGAAUCACAGUAUGCAUCUUGCCAUAUGCUUUCUGACAAAUUAUCUCAGGCUAAGCUGCAUCAUGAUGACAGGCCCUCAGAUGUUGCACUAAUUGAAUCUUAUUCUAAGCACCACCAAGUGGUUUCCUU